UUUCAAUUAAACAUAUUAUUUAAUGUCAUCAUAAUUAUUGAGUCGUUCAAGUAAAGCUUCAUGUCAUGUCCCUUUGGCAUCGGACGGAUACUCUAAAUUUUCUGUCGAAGCAUAUCUCUAAAUUAUCAUCAAACCCUCUUCCCCGCGCUCAUCGGGCUGGGAAAACAGCCCUUGCAGUUAACUCUACUUGUGCGAGUAGAAGCUACAGACUCCAACCGCAGAAUCUCAAGUCUUAUUAUUAUACUGUGAUAAGACAAGAGCGUACCUUUAGCUCAUCUAGAAUCAUGGCAGCUCCGCCGGCGGCUAGUCUCACGGAUGCGGUGGUUGCUGCGAUGAGAACACUUUUCCCGGAAGAACUAGCGGAUAAUGCGUGGGACAAUACAGGACUACUCCUCGGACAAGCGCCCUUGUCGUCAUCGUCGGUGUCUAAAAAGGAGACUGGAGGUACCGUUCUUCUCACCAAUGACUUAACUUCCGCCGUGGUCGACGAGGCAUUGGCAGAAGGAGCCAAUAUGAUUGUCUGCUAUCAUCCUAUUAUCUUUAGACCUCUGAAAUCCCUUACUACCAAAGACCCUAUGCAGACCCUCCUCUUACGGCUAGCCGCCGAGAGGAUCUCCGUCUACUGUCCCCAUACAGCCAUGGACGCGGCGAGCGGAGGACUUAACGACUGGCUUUGCGACAUCCUGUUAGAUGGAAAACACCAGGCGAAGCGAACUGUCGUCCAGCCUAUUUCUAGGCCUCUACCCGAAGGGCACCAAGGCACUGGCUAUGGACGAGCAUUUGAACUGCCUCAGCCCGUCAACUUGCAAACCCUUCUGCGGCGACUCUCUGCUGGCAUAGGCAACCAGCGAUAUAUGAUGGUUGCUCUGCCACCAUCACUAAAGGACCUCACCAGGACGCAGGAGAUUACCAAGGUUGCUGUCUGUGCAGGUUCGGGUUCUGACGUCCUAAAAGAUACCGAUGCUCAGGUCUUGGUGACGGGCGAGAUGGCGCACCAUUAUGCGCUCCGGCAUACCCAGUUAGGCCAGAUUGUCGUCACCGUCUUCCAUAGUAACUCGGAGCGGAAGUAUCUGGAGACGAGAUUGAAGCCCAUGUUGGAGGUCGAAUUGGAGACCACGGCGUACGGAGACACCCGCAUAAUUGUCAGCAAAGCAGACCGUGAUCCCUUCGAGGUGAUUGACGUUAGAGACCUGGCUUAAGCACUUAAUGCGACGGCUCGUUAACCUGGUCGAGGGUGUAAUUAACAUGGCGAAUGACCACUAUUCGUCGACGCUGGCCUAACAGACGGUUCAUUCAAUGAUGCUUCAGUCGUUCACCUUGUCGUUUAGGACAUCCUUCAAUCUAAAUGCUCAAUCAUGCCGAUUCUCGGGUGUUCAAAUCCCUCCAAUCUCCCUUGCUCGGCUCACCUUUCAAAGCCGCGUCGCCGUCUUCUAUGCACGCGUCCACGUCUACACCACCGAUACCCUGUUCCUUCCAUACUGAUAGAAGUCUACGUGGCAUUUUCCACGCCUGUCUCGCAUCUUCUAGUCGUCCUUCGCUGACAAGCGCUCGUAUUUUAUCUGGGGCGUCUAGAACCUCGAUUGCCAACUGUUUCGUCCGUGCUCUCCUCCGGCGCGCCUCUUCCGCUUGGGCCCCGGCUUUAUCAGGUGGCGGGACAGAUUUCCGUAUCGAGUCUCGUAUUUCCGAGGCUUGGGAGUAUAUUUGGGCGAUUGCUGGAUCUAGCGUAGAAGCCAUAGGGUUCAAUGGGUCCAUAUUCGUUCGCAUCUUACACGUUUAUUAGUACAUGGCCUCCGUUCCAUAGCACACGCCCUCUUGAGGUUAAUGGGAUUAUAAGACUAACCUUGCGUAUUGUUUCCGUAGCUG